CAACGGCCAGUUGCUGUAGUUUUACGGAAGAAAUUCGCUACCAGUCCUCCCACUGUCACUAACAUGCGGGAUUACGAUGAAAUCACCGCUUUUCUCGGAGAAUGGGGACCCUACCAGAUGUUUGUCUUCUUUGUUUUGAGCCUCAGCAUCUUUCCCAACGGUUUCUGCGGAAUGUCUUUCGUCUUUGUCGGGGAUGUUCCAGAGCAUCGCUGCUCAAUUCCCCGGAAUCUCAAUCUGAGUGAAGCGUGGUUGAAUCGGACUAUCCCUCUGGAACAAGAGAGAGGCAAACUCCAGUACAGCAAAUGUAGACGGUACCGGCUGGAUGUGAUAGUGAAUCUUUCGGAGACAUUUCCCGAGCCAGAUUCGUUCAACAUGUCUGAGGUAGAACAGGAGCCCUGUCUGGAUGGUUGGGAGUACAGUAAGGAUCAGUACAUCUCCACCAUCGUCAGUGAGUGGGACUUGGUGUGUAACAAUGGCUGGAAGGGGCCGUUUUCUAUGUCAGUGUUUUUCCUGGGAGUGCUGGUUGGUUCGCUUAUUUCCGGACAGUUAUCUGACAGGUUUGGGAGGAAGGUCGUUCUGUUUGGAACUAUGGCUGUACAGACUGGAUUCAGCAUGCUUCAAGUAUUCUCUCCAACCUGGGAAAUAUUCUGCUUUCUGAAUUUUCUUGUGGGUGUUGGACAGAUUUCAAACUAUGUGGCUGCCUUUGUUCUUGGGUCGGAGGUUCUUGGAAAAUCUCUUCGGGUUAUUUACUCUACAGUCGGAAUUGGCAUUUCUUAUGCAUUCGGCUAUAUGGUUCUGCCUUUGGUUGCAUACUUCAUACGAAGCUGGUGGGCAUUGCUUUUCACACUGUCUGUCCCUGGCCUGCUCUACAUUCCUUUGUGGUGGUUUGUUCAUGAAUCUCCGCGUUGGCUGCUGUCAAAGGGAAGGGUUACAGAGGCCGAAGCAACUCUCCGAUUCAUGGCAAAGAAAAAUAAUGUCACUCCACCAGCAGUGCUCUUCAGUAAUCUUGAGCUCGAAGAUCUAGAAGCUAAAAGGGAAAUAUCUUAUACAAUUAUUCACUUGGUUAAAACCCAUAAUAUCCGAGCCAUCACUGUCAUAUGCCUUCUAGUGUGGAUGAUUAUGGCAAUUGGAUACUUUGGCCUGUCUUUGAGCACACCCAAUCUCCAUGGUGAUGCAUAUUUGAACUGCUUCUUCUCUGCUGCCAUCGAAGUUCCGGCCUACAUAGCAGCUUGGCUUUUCCUCCAGAGGUUUUCCCGAAGGUUCAGCCUUUCAGGCUCAUUUUCUCUUGGUGGAGUUGUCCUUUUCUUCAUCCAGCUCAUACCUUCAAAUUUUUCAGCAUUUGCCACAGUGUUGGUGAUGAUUGGAAAGUUUGGGGCCACAAGUGCUUUUGCCAUAGUUUAUGUCUACACUGCUGAGCUGUACCCAACAGUGGUAAGAAACAUGGGUGUUGGAGUGAGUUCCGUGGGCUGCAGGUUCGGCGCCAUCAUCUCACCUUACAUUUUUUAUCUCGGUGUUCAUUAUGAGUUUCUCCCUUUUAUUCUGAUUGGGAGCUUGACAGUAUUUACUGCAAUUCUUGUCUUAUUUCUGCCUGAAACACUCAAUAUUCCUCUCCCAGAAACAAUUGACCAGAUGCAGGAAAUUAAGGGAUUCAAAUGUAGAAGCACUCUCAGAAAUCAUGAGCAAUUUUGUAAGAAUGGAACAACUAGAGAACCUGUUAUGAUGGUGCAUAAAAAGGAAGAAAUUUAAUCCAGGGCCUGGCUAUAGAUCAGCACCAACGGAGAAAUGGACAAUCAACUGCUUCUUUCCAGUUUAUGUUACAGACUAACAUCAUCUCCUAUCAAAAUAUUCUUAGCAAUGCAAUCAAAAUAUUCAAGGAUCACUGUCAAACGCUCAAAUCAACCGGGUGUGACAAUAUUUUAUAUUUUUUACAUUUCUCACUUGUAAAAAACUGUACUGUAGGGUUGACCUUGACAUUUGGACAACAGACCAUUGGAGCAGACUGGCCAACUGUUCGUCUAUUCCUGCAGCGAACAAGUGGCUGCAAUUUUGAGGUGCCAGCCUCAUUAACAUCCACUCUCCACACUGUGGGCUGCCGAAGGGUGUUCUGAUGCAGCUUGCUGGAUUGAAGCUUCCCAAUAUUAGGCUGCCUUGGCUGGCUACAAGGGAGUGGGGCCACAAUAACAGAGGGUGGGAUUUCAGGGCAAUAGCAGCUCAGAUUAUUUUUGUGGAACCCGGAGAAGUAUUCCUGUUCUUCUGCACCCAACAGAGAUACUAAUAAACUUACCUUGGCUGGACCUCAUUAGCUUCCAUCUCCCCUGGAACUGGAUAGUCUGUGCACAGCACAUGCCGUGACCAGCUCCAACCUAAAAUGACAAUCGUGGUCCUAGCUUUUCUGAUUUGCAUAGUAAAAUGAACCCACCAUCAAAAACAGGCCCAGUAGUAAUCUCUUUUCAAAUUUCACCAGCUCCCCCAUAUGGACCAUAUCCUUAGUUGGCUUCUCCUAGCGAAGGGGAGCAAUUUUGCCAAAGACAAUGAACCAAACAGCAGCAACAAACCAGAGCCUUCCUUCAGCUGAUACUGUCAGCUAUUCCUGUCCACUGUUACCUGUGUUCCAUUCCUCCAACUCGAGCACAAACUCCCUCUGCUGGUGUAAAAUGGAAAAUAGCUCAUCAGGCUAGAUAACAGGGAGAAGUGAUUUAAAAAUCAGCAACAGGGGCCAGGACUGAAAUUGAGAGAGGUAGUUAUUCUUUAAGUAUUACAGUAUGGGAGAAAUUGAAUCAUAGGGAAUGAAACUAUUCUAAUUGAAAUGAUAAAAAUAGGAAAUAUAUUUGUUGAUAAUGAUAUGUAGGCGAGGCUUUCGGUGGGUAAGAAGCAUAAUUUAUGUCCAUUAUAUUAGAUGGACAUUCAGGGAUUAUUUUACACAUGGUGCACAUUAUAACCUAGUACACACGGGUUCUUUAAUGGACAUAAAGCAUACUCUAGAACAAGAUUUGGACGUAUGUUUGCAGUAAUGGUUUGAUUGUGAAUUGUAAAUGCAGUCAUUGAUGAUGUUCAGUCCAGUCAUAGUGCAAUAUCAUUUGCCUGAAAUGAUUCUUUUGCUUGUUAGUCUCAGAAUUACAAUUAUUCUCCUUGUUGGGAAGCAUGGUUACUAAAUCUACAAUUAUGAAUCGAUGAGUGUGUGUAAUAAGGAUGCAGUGAAGAUUUAUAGGCUGUUAAUCUAAAUUACAGGAUUCAGAUGUGGCUGA